CAAAACAAUGGCCGACCUGCGAGCUGCUGCUUCACCUCCUGUCAUCUUUUUAAGUGUCUAACAAGUAGCCUUUGCUGUCUCUGUAUAACACACUGUUGUUGUGAUGGAUAGGUGAUCUUAUAAGUGUGUUGAGGAAGAAAGACACAGCCCUAAAGCCCGCUGUCCGCUGCCAAAAUGAGCGAUGUUGUGGAGAAGACGCUGACAGCUCUGCCGAGCCUCCUCUCUUUAGACUCCCAGCCGGGCUCCGCGAAGCUGUCCUCCACCUCCAAACUAGGAAACCUUAUCAGAGGAAUCACUGAACUAACCUCCAAACAUGAAGAAGAGAAACUUAUCCAGCGUGAGCUAUCGUCUAUCAAAGAACAGGUGUCUUCCCCCAACACCACCAUGAGGCAGAUGAAGGAGCUCAUGGUGAGAACGAUCUACUGUGAAAUGUUGGGCUAUGAGGCUUCGUUCAGCUACAUUCAUGCCAUUAAACUGGCUCAACAAGGCACGGUUCUGGAAAAGAGAGUGGGUUACCUCGCUGUUUCCUUGUUUCUGAAUGAAAGUCACGAGCUGCUUCUUCUCCUGGUUAACACAGUGUUAAAGGAUCUUCAGAGUACAAAUCUUAUUGAAGUGUGCAUGGCUCUAACAGUCGUCAGCCAAAUGUUCCCCAAAGACAUGAUACCUGCGAUUCUCCCUCUGGUGGAGGAAAAACUUAAUCACCCAAAAGAAAUCAUUCGACGAAAAGCAGUCCUGGCACUCUAUAAAUUCUACCUAAUAGCACCAAAUCAAGUUCAACACAUCCACAACAAGUUUCGCAAAGCUCUGUGUGAUAAGGAUCCUGGUGUGAUGACCGCUUCUCUGCACAUCUACCUACAGUUGAUCCAGGAGAAUCCAGAAGGUUAUAAGGACCUGACAGCAAGUUUUGUCACCAUAUUGAAGCAGGUGGUGGGAGGAAAGCUGCCCAUGGAUUUUAAUUAUCACAGUGUUCCCGCUCCAUGGCUUCAAAUCCAGCUUCUCAGAAUACUCUCCUUACUUGGGAAAAAUGACCAGAGUACGAGUGAGAUUAUGCACGAAGUCCUCGAUGAGUCUUUACGAAGAGCAGAGAUGAACCAUAACAUCACCUAUGCAAUUUUGUACGAGUGUGUAAAAUGUAUUUACACAAUUCAUCCAAAAUCUGACCUUUUGGAAAAAGCUGCAAAGUGCAUUGGAAACUUUGUUCUGUCACCGAAGAUCAAUCUAAAAUAUCUAGGACUGAAGGCCCUCACCUACGUAGUCCAGCAGGACCCUAAACUGGCCCUGCAGCAUCAGAUGACCAUCAUAGAGUGUCUUGAUCAUCCUGACCUCAUUAUCAAGCGGGAGACGCUGGAGUUGCUGUUUCGGAUCACUAAUGCCCAGAAUGUCACGGUCAUUGUCGAGAAGAUGCUGGAGUUUCUGCGCAUCAGUGGAGAUGAUCAUACUACUAUUGACCUGGUGGGGAAGGUAGCAGAGCUGGCAGAAAAAUAUGCACCAGACAAUGAAUGGUUCAUUGAGACGAUGAACACGGUGUUUUCAGUCGGCGGAGACAUGAUGCAGCCUGACAUCCCGAACAGUUUCCUCAAACUGCUGUCUGAGGGAUUUGACAGUGUGGAGGAGGACAGAAAGUUGAGGCUGUUUGCUGUGAAUUCAUACAUUUCUCUGCUGCAAGGAACGCCUGGCAAACUGCCACAGCGCUUCCUCCAAGUCAUCAGCUGGGUCCUCGGGGAGUACUCUCAUUUGAGGGAGGAUCUUGAAGCAGCCGUGGUCCUGAGGCUGCUGGCCAGGCUGCUGGACAUGAAGAACUGCAGCAGUGAAACAAAGAGCUGGGUCCUCACGGCAAUGACGAAGCUCUGUGAAGGUGGUUCGGGUGUUUCUGUGGCUCAGCAGGUGUCUGAAACGUACAGCAGCUCCCUGGACACGGUGCUGAGACAAAGAGCUCAGGAGCUGCAGUACCUCAGCCAAGACUCUGAACUACGAGCCAGGGUGUUACCUCGGGGUGCCGGCCUGGAGCCCGUGGAGGUGGAUUCUUCUCUGUCAUUUUUGGAUGGAUUUGUGUCGGAGGCGUUGGCUGCUGGUGCUGCUCCAUACAAGCCUCCCCAUCAACGACAAGAGGAACUAGCUGGAACAAAAGCACUGAGCCUGGAGCCCUACGGCCUGUCCCUGCCUAUCAGCAUGUCCUCCUGCAGCAUCACUGACAGACAGUCUCCCACAUUGUUGUCCAUGAGCUCUGGUCUGUCAGGCGAUAGCACUGACCUCUCACACAAAGGAGGUUCUGCAACUCUGAAGCUGGAUGGUGUGAAGAGAGUGUGGGGCAGGGAAGGUUAUCUGUCCCAGAAAGAGCCUGUAGAAGAACCUGCCCAGGUUGAGGUUCCCAGUCCCCUCCGGUCUCCCAGCCAGCAGGGCGAAGCCGACAGCUCCCACAGCCAGACUCCAACUCCGACACCGACACCAGAGUCCGAUCAAGAGAAGCAGCAGCUGGCCUCUUCGCUUUUUGUUGGCCUGGGCUCCCAAAGCUCUGUGUGUCUGAUGGGAAAAUCUGAACCGACAGCCCAGCGAUUCAGAAGAAAAGCCAAAGGUCACAGCACAGCCUCCAGCCCCAGCGAGCAAAUAUCCAACUCUGUGGUCUCUCCUCACAGCGCUGUGGAUAACUUACUGUGUAACAAUCUACUGGACUCCAACAUCACCUCAGAACUGGCUCUUUCUUCACCUGAACUGACAUCUCAGCCCUCUCCCGGCCUCACUACUACUAAUGGCACCUGUGAUACAGAGGCAGAGUUACCCGACAGUGACAUUAAGGAAAGUGAACCUGCUGUCAUCAGGGAUAAUAGUGUGGUAGCUACUGAUCCUGCUCCACACGAAGCCCCAGACAGACCUAAGGACUUGUGUCUCACUUCUCAUCUUCCUGCAGAGCUUUCUGGACUUUCUCACUCAGAAAUUUCUCACCUCUGCACCAACCAAAGCCUGGAGCUCUCUGCUUGUCAUGUGCAGAAAGAAGAUUCCUUACUGCUUGUUGUUUUUAUUACCAACUCCUCUGACUCUGCCGCUCAGCAGAUACUAGUGCAGGUCGACUCUGAAGAACUUGAGGUGUCCUGCGUGUGUGACAGUCCAGUGGAGGAGGUGAGCAGCCACAGUGUAACAGUGUGUCAGUAUUCUCUGACAGUGAAGAGACCUGCAGUUCACAUAGAAGUGGUCGGGAUGGUGUCGUACCAGUUAGCCAAUGGGACGUCUCAGUCAGCGCAAUUCUCAUACAAACUCCCUUUAACCAGCUUCAUCAGACCCUUGACGGUGUCCACAGAGGAAUACGGGACGAUGUGGUUGGCCUUCUCUCAUGACACGAAGCAGAAUCUGACCCUGAUAAGCGACAGCCAAGAGCCGCUGACAGCCACUCUGAAUGUGCUGAAGAGGAAACUGCAGCUUCACGUCGUGGAAAUUAUAGGUAUGGAAGGUAUUGUAGCUUGCCGCGUCCUCCAGGAUCAGCCAUGUCUGAUGCACUGUCGCGUCCAUGCCGGCACGCUGGCGGUGUGGCUGCGCUCUCCGAUCCCCGACCUGCCCGACUGCCUGAUCUACCACUGUCAGAGAGCUUUACAGGGACACUGAGCCCCAGCUGCAACACUGAGCAACUAAACCACCGAACCCUCGACUGCCGAGGAGGAAGGUACACAGAGCUGUAGUGCAGGACGGAACAGGAGACAACUGAUGUCGUGAACUCAUGUCUCCACUUUACAGUGUUUGAUAUUUCGUUGUCUCUUCCACUAUAAGUUAUUUUGUAGGUUUUACAUGUAUGAGUUCUGUUGUUGUUUAAAAGUCAAAUCGGUAGAACAGUUUUAUUGAAAGUCAUCGAAAGUACUGGCAAGUAAUAAGCUCAGGGCCAAAAGACAGCGUGGUUGACCUUCUGUGGGUGAUCCAGAAUAACACUAUUGUCUUAAAGUGAUGACAGGUCUCCAUAGUGACUGAAUGGCUGAAGCAUUGUUUCUGGGUUAAAUGAUUGUGGUACACUUUGUUUGAUUCCCCUUUAAAGAUGACCUGCUAUGCUCUAUAUUCCAGCUCUAUAUUGUUAUUCUGGGACUCUGCUAGAGUAGUUUUGCAUAAUCCAUAGUUUUAAAAAAAUCCAUAUUUAUCUUAUACUGCCCCUUGAUGCAACUUGUCAGUUCACCCUUGAGGCCGAGCUCUUUUAACGCCUGCUUUCUUCUGAUUGGCCAACUUCCAGAAGCCUACCUUUGUGGGCAUGUAGCAGAUGAGGGUGUUAAAAAAUAUCCAAGACGAGGUCAGCUCAUAACAAGAAAAAUCUGUUGGGAACCUGGUGUUCAGAGCAGUUAUAAAGCAGAGUUUUUGGUUCAUAGAGAUUACAUCUGUUUUACCUCAUUAUUUCAAACCUUUAAUGUCAGCAUCCAACACUAUAAUAUUGAAUAUAUGACUGAAAAUAAGGAAGAGCAUAGUAAGUUCCCUUUAAAGUAAUCUCAGAGGGUGAAAUAAUACAUUUCAACAGUUUCUUCAUCCUGUGGUCCAGAUCUGCAAACUAAGAAAUUAUAAAAUGUUCUGCUUUUAAUUUGUAAUUUAUAAUCAGCUACAUUUUUUCUUGACUAGAACAAUCAUGACAGCGAAGCUCAUUUGGAUUUCAAUGCUGGGACAAGGGCUGAACAGUAAAUCAAUAUUAUUCUUUUUUAACUUUCAGCAGAAUCGUGAUGAUGUACAAGCAACACUGAAGAAACAGUUUUUUUUUGUUUAGAAACCUUUGAGGCGACUGACUGCAUCUGAUGCAUAACAAUGACACUGACUUGAUGAUUUUUUUUUAAACAUACAUUUUCCGUAUUAUAAGGUGUGGUAGAAAAUAUUCUUGUUAAUGUUUUUCAAAUAAGUUUGAUCAAAAUUGCUCAGCCCUGCGUCAGACUAAAACAUUACAACAUAGAUUUAGCUGCUUGAGUCAAUGAAAUCACACAUUCUUACACUGACUGAUUGUAUUUCUUUGAUGUUUUGCUCUUUGGGAGAAAAACACAGGAAUAUAUUGGCAGCAGCUCAAGGUGGAAGUUAAUGACGGGGAAACUAAAUGAUGUUAAUUACUUCUGGUAUUUACUUGGUUGUCUUAGGGAUAAAAUGCUCAAAGUAAAUACAGUCUUCAAAGUCAGUUAAUAUUUACAGAAGGCUGCUUUCCAAGAGCGACCUGUUAGUCAUCACAGCAAAGAGAGGUUUACAUUCUACUGUGUCUAAAAGCUUGCAUUAUGCUGACAUUAACGCCCCCCUUGUUUAUUUCUUACAUCUAUAAUGUGAGUAUUUUGUCUUAAAUAUAGCAGUGAUGAUCUCACUCUGUAUUGUUCAUGUAUCAGUAUGAUGAUGUUUAGCAGAUGUUGCCUUCUGGAUGGUGGGAUUAUUCUAUGCACUUAUGUCUCUGGUUAGUCAGUUUGGUCGGAGGUGGAUUUUAGUGGUCUUUGACUAUUAUAUUUUUAUAUCGAUGCAGUAUUAAAAUCAUAUUUAUUGAGUUUAUAUUCUUACAGAAAACGUUUUAUAUUCAUUUCACUGGAAGAAAAAAAAAGAAUCAUCGUGGUUCAUGUGCUGUUUGAUUGCUCUGUGCCAGAUUGAUUUUCAGUGUGUGUGUGACAUGUUUCAGCCUGUUUCUUUCUUUUUUAUUUUCUUUAAAUUCAGCUUGAAGGGAAAGCUCGCUGGCUGUCUCCUGAUUUGAAGCACAGCGUAAUGUCUCAAAAACUCAACCUUAACCCGACGCCUUAUGUUCUAAUGCCAAGAUGGCGUGUUUGAUUUGUGCCUGUGGUACAGAAAAAAGUCUUUGUUUCUUUGAGUGCCUGUCACUACAUUCUGCUAAAUUAUGAAUAAAUUCAACCCAUGUAAAUUAG